AUGACGGUAGAUGACAGUGGGACCAGCACCUUUGCCAUGCAGUUUUGGUCUGGACAAAUGCUUAUAUCCAUAAGACACGUGCAUGUUUGUGUGUUUGGUGAGACAGUGUCAGUGUUGGAGGGAGAUUCUGUCACACUAAACACUGAUCUUACUGAAAUACUUGAAGACGAUGACAUACUGUGGAAAUUUGGAGCUGAAAUGUCUCUCAUAGCUGAAAUCAGUCGGGAGAAACAAAUCUUUUACAAAUAUGAUAAUGUUCCUGAUGGGAUAUUCAGAGACAGACUGAAGCUGGACAAUCAAACUGGAUCUCUGACCAUCAUGAACAUCACAACUCAACAUGCUGGACUCUAUGAACUACAGAUAAGUGGAGCAAAACUGACAUCAAAAACAUUCAGUGUUUCUGUCUAUGCACAUCUGCCUGUUCCUAACAUUACCAGAGACUGUUCUUCAUCAUCAUCAUCUUCAGCAUCAUCCUAUUGUUCAUUGUUGUGCUCAGUGGUGAAUUUGAGUCAUGUGACUCUCUCCUGGUACAAAGGAAACAGUUUAUUGUCCAGCAUCAGUGUGUCUGAUCUCAGCAUCAGUCUCUCUCUACCUCUGGAGGUGGAAUAUCAGGAUAAAAACAGCUACAGCUGUGUGAUCAACAAUCCCAUCAGCAACCAGACCACACAUCUGGACAUCACUCAACUCUGUCACACAUGUUCAGGUAUGGAAGUAGUGAUAUUAAUGUUUAUUUGUGUAUUUGAGGUGUCAUUGAUAAAGGGAGAUUUUGUCACUCUGAACACUGAUGUUACUGAAAUACCUGAAAACAAUGACAUACUGUGGACAUUUGGAGUUGGUAGUUCUCUCAUAGCUGAAAUCAGAAGAGAGAAACAAAUCUUCUCAAUGUAUGAUGUUCCUGAUGGGAUAUUCAGAGAUAGACUGAAGCUGGACUAUCAAACUGGAUCUCUGACCAUCACAAACAUCACAACUCAACACACUGGAGUCUAUGAACUACAAAGAAGUGGAGCAAAACUGGCAUCAAAAACAUUCAGUGUUUCUGUCUAUGGUGAGCAGACAUAA